AGUUGCUGAUGGAGUGAUCAAAAGUGUAUUAUGGCAAACACUUCAAGCUCUUAAUUUCUGUCAUAUACAUAACUGUAUUCACAGAGAUGUAAAACCUGAAAAUAUUCUAAUAACUAAGCAAGGAAUAAUCAAGAUUUGUGACUUUGGGUUUGCAAGAAUUCUGAGUUGGACUUCAUCUUUCUCUGUUGCCUCCCUGAUUGGCUUAAUAGUUGACCUUCUGGAUUCUUUUUCUGUCAAAUCAGAGAUUAUCUCUUGGCUUGGAUCCAUUGCUGUUCCAGGAGAUGCCUACACGGAUUAUGUAGCUACGAGAUGGUACCGAGCUCCUGAACUUCUUGUGGGAGAUACUCAGUGUGGUUCUUCAGUAGAUAUAUGGGCUGUUGGUUGCGUUUUUGCAGAGCUCCUGACAGGCCAGCCACUGUGGCCUGGAAAAUCAGAUGUGGACCAACUUUAUCUGAUAAUCAGAACACUAGGAAAAUUAAUCCCAAGACAUCAAUCAAUCUUUAAAAGUAACCGGUUUUUCCACGGCAUCAGUAUACCUGAACCAGAAGAUAUGGAAACUCUUGAGGAAAAGUUCUCAGAUGCUCAUCCUGUGGCUCUGAACUUCAUGAAGGGGUGUCUGAAGAUGAAUCCAGAUGACAGAUCAACCUGUUCCCAACUCCUGGAGAGCUCCUACUUUGAUUCUUUUCACGAGGACCAAAUUAAAAGAAAAGCGCGUAAUGAAGGAAGAAACAGCAGACGCCAGCAGGUACUUCCGCUCAAAAGUUAAAGUGCUAUAAAAAGAAUUCCUUUUUUGUUUUUGUUUGUCUGCCUUUCAAAGUGAGACAAGGUGGACACCAAGACCUUUCGUUUGUACUGGUGUAGUUGUAUUUGUCUAGCUUAAUAAAUAUUGGUAAUUGAUGUAAUAAAACCAUAGAACUAUGAAAAUA